ACGUCUUCUGCUCACUUGGACGAGCUAAACAUUUUCAUAAAUGUCAAAACAAGUGCGAAACUUCAUUUGAAAAAUACGAAGCAAAGAAAAGAGAGUUUGUGUUGGCACAUUUAAUUAGUCCAAUUUCAUUCAUAAAAUUAUCAAACGGUUCGUGUUGUUGAUUCAAGUGUGUUUCAGAGCUUGCGAACUGUAUUGUGGUAAUACGAGCAAGAAAAAAUGAUUGGUAAGGCGCAGCGAAAUCAUCACUUUUGGUAGAUUUACCACGACACAUAUGGAUGACAAGCUCAAAUAUUCCCUGUUGCGGGAAUUUAGCGAUAAUCAAAAUGUUUGGACAAGAAAUGAAAAGCGUCUGUGGUUCGUCACCCUUAUGUUGGGUACGUGUAUGUUGUACUCCACUCGUACGACAAUGCCGUUGCUGGUUCCAUCAGUGGCAGCUGAAUUGAAAUGGACCAAGACGGAUUCGGGGACGAUUCUGAGCUCCUUUUUCUGGGGCUACACGUUGACCCAAGUUCUGGGUGGUUAUUUCAGCGAUAAAAUUGGAGGGCAAAGAGUCAUUUUUCUGGCAGCCAUCGGAUGGUCUUUGAUCACCUUCUGGAUGCCGAACAUUCUACUCGCCGCUCCCAAAUCGUGGACCUACUCGAUACCAUUUAUUGUAACCGUUAGAAUUAUUAAUGGAGCCCUACAAGGGGUCCACUUUCCUAGUAUGAUAUCAUUGACUAGUCAGAAUUUGAACUCAAAUGAACGGACUAGCUUUUUCAGUAUGCUGACCAGCGGCUCAGCCCUCGGCACAUUAUUGACGGGCAUACUUGGCUCGUUUAUUUUAGAUUAUUUCGGAUGGCCGUCAGUGUUUCGGAUAAUUGGCUUUCUGGGAAUAGCAUGGGCGCUGGUGAUGCGCUAUUACACCAUGUCUUCCGAUCGUUAUCGUAUCAUCAAUGUUGCCGUACCGAAUCGACUGUGCUCGCAACAUAAUCGUACGGAAGAUACCGUACCAUGGUUGAAGUUGUUCGGAUCGGCCUCAUUUUGGGCCUGUGUGUUGGCACAUGCAUGUCAAAACAAUUGCUUUUUUGUACUGCUGUCGUGGUUGCCAACAUACUUUGCUGAUGAAUUUCCUCAGGCUAAGGGUUGGGUUGUAAAUAUGGUCCCUUGGCUGGCACUACCUCCAUGUACGUUGUUCGCCAAAUUUGUGACCGAUCGGUUGGUGGCCCGAGAAUGGUCACUGACGAAUGUGAGAAAAGUGAUACAAAGCUGCUGUUUCUUAGGACAAAAUUUGGCACUGUUCUGUAUGUGUCACACGGACAACUUCUCCACGGCUCUGUUCUGUAUGACAGUGAUUAUCGGCGGUACCGGUUUCCACAACAAUGCCGUCAUCGUCAAUCCACAAGAUCUGGCUCCACCGUAUUCCGGCAGUGUUUUCGGUUUGAUGAACACCGUCGGAGCCAUUCCAGGCUUUCUAGGCGUGUACUUGGCCGGACACAUUUUAGAACUGACACAAAGUUGGCCGGCUGUGUUCAGCACGGCAGCUGGGAUAAAUACGGUCGGUUGGAUAGUGUUUACAAUAUUCGGAUCGGCAGAUCCAAUAGCAUAGCACGAUGUGUGUAAGUUAACCAAAAUUCAGUAAUUUUUAAGUAGAAUUUGUAUAUUGAAUGAAUGACUGGACAUCACCGAUGAUGAAUGAAAUAUAUAUCAAGCAAAUGGACAUAUGCGG